AAUCGUCCCUAUUUCCGGUUUGUGAUCCAAACACUUCUCUGUUCUGAGCCGAAACAACUGUAGCUAGACGGAUCGAUAGACAACAACCAUCAUGGGUGAAAUGGCAGAACUCACGGAUAAAUUCAGCUCAUUCACAAUGACUCAAUUAAACGAGUUGCUUGAAGACGAUGAAAAACUAAAUGAUAUUGUCAAAGAAAUGGACGAGAUGCGUGAGGUGCAGCAGGUGAAGGAGCUGACCCUAGGCAGUAACAUCAGCCUGGCUGAACAGAACCUCCAGCUGCAGCCGAGACUGGACCUGCAGAAGAACCAGCUCACCUCACGCUAUCGCCACCUACAGGAGCUCUACGACAACUACCAGCUACGCAAGUCCACACUUGACCCUGGUACAGAGAACAGUUCUCUGGACAUUCUGCUGGCUCUGCUGCAAGCUGAGGGAGCCAAGAUAGAGGAAGAGACUGAGAACAUGGCAGACUCGUUCCUGGAUGGAGAGCUGCCUCUCGACUGCUUUAUCGACGACUACCAGCAGAGGCGCCAUCUCGCUCACCUGCGCCGCGUCAAGAUUGACAAACUCCGAGAGCUGGCGCUGAAGGGUCUCACUCGGCCCCCCCAGAUUCCCUCCCAGCCCAGCCGACCCCAGGACAUCCCCUCUACCAAUGGGGCCCCCACCCACCAAUCCACACGAGCUGCCUCUUCUCCCUCCCCUCAGCACAGCGGCCUACCCUAUCCAGUCGCCCCCUAUCCCCCAAUGCCUUUCCCCAGCUGCCCUUACAUGCCCCAGCAACAGCCCAUCUCCCCCUCUCCACACCUGCCCCCCAGGACUGGCUUCAUCAUGCAGUGAGGUGGUGUCAGUCUCCAUAGAAACAUUAUGGAUGACCUUCCCUACCUUUUGACCUGUGGCACACAAGGGUUGGUGACCUAACCAAUUACAGCCCCUCUGUCAGUAACAGAGGGAAAUGUCCUCUGACCAGCUUCUCAGAGGCUCUCCGCUCUCACAGACACUCUAUCCAGUGACUACAGCCUGGACGGUACAUUAGGGGUUGGUUCUCUUUUAGUUUUAUUCCAAGACUAACUUUCUGAUUUAAUCUUCUGAACACAUAGCUAAACCUAACCGUCUGACUGGUAGAUAUGCUAUCAGCUAUGGUAACUUGCAGUAUAGAUGUUUUUGUAAGCCAAAGGUCCCUCUGGUGUGUGCGCGCAGAGGUUGGUAUCAAGUUAGCUCAAAAGUUCCAUCAACGAACAGGAAUUAUACAAAUAGUAUAUUUUCAUUUAAAUUCAAAAUGUACUGCAUGGCAUAGUAAAGAUUUUAAAAUCAACUAAUUGAUAAGUCUUGCUGGGAGGAUGUGAGUUCAGGUGCGAAAAGUUCAUGGUACAUUCUUAGUCUUGUUUGUGUUCUUAAGAUAAACAUUUGGGGUGGAUAUGAAUCUUACUACACACUUGGCUAGUUUACUGGUGUAAGAGGGAGUUCUCCCAACUGGAAUUGAUAAUUGUAACAUUUUUAGAGCAAUAACCAUGCAGCUUAAGUUGAUGUCAGUUUGUCCAGGGUAGGGAGUGUUUGUAUGCCUGAUGGGCUGGGUGCUCGCCAGCCAGGCUACAGCACUCUUGGAUUAGUAUCAGUGAUUGAUCCUAUUCAAUUAUUUUAAUGAUUAAUUCUAUGCACUACACCUAGCUGUAAUCUGUACAGUGGGUUCUCAGUUGCACUUACAGAACAGCUCACUGCAAGUAGGGAAAGCAUAUAGGGGUUCAAAUGUAACUAUUUAAAGGUAUUUUUAACCCCCCCCAGUAUGGUACCGGUUUUAUACUCCAUUAGGAACUAACUAAUGUAAUGCUAGACUAGCAGACUGGUUGACAUGCUCACUUUCAAUAAUAACCAAUAAAAUUGUUAUCAUUGA